GUCAAAAUCAAAACCCCUUCGAACUCCGAUUCGAGAUUGUAACAAUGAGCGAUGGAGAAGACGCAGUACGACGCCGUAAUGCUAUCGCGGAGUACCGGAAGAAACUCCUUCAACACAAAGAGUAUGAAUCUAGGGUUCGAGCAGCUAGGGAGAAUCUGAGAGCUGCUAAGAAGGAGUUCAACAAAACAGAAGAUGAUUUGAAAUCUCUUCAGAGUGUUGGACAGAUCAUUGGAGAAGUUCUCAGGCCUCUUGAUAAUGAACGCUUGAUUGUUAAAGCAAGCAGUGGCCCUCGUUAUGUGGUUGGUUGCCGAAGCAAAGUUGAUAAGGAGAAACUAACUUCAGGAACUCGAGUUGUCCUUGAUAUGACAACACUUACAAUAAUGCGAGCCCUUCCUCGUGAGGUUGAUCCAGUUGUUUACAAUAUGUUGCAUGAAGACCCUGGUAAUGUUAGCUACUCAGCGGUUGGUGGUUUAUCUGAUCAAAUUCGAGAGCUUAGGGAAUCUAUCGAGCUCCCUCUAAUGAAUCCUGAACUUUUCCUUAGAGUUGGAAUUAAACCUCCCAAGGGUGUCCUCCUCUAUGGUCCUCCUGGUACGGGUAAGACAUUGCUUGCCAGAGCAAUAGCAAGUAAUAUCGAUGCUAACUUCUUGAAGGUUGUUUCAAGUGCAAUAAUUGACAAGUACAUAGGAGAAAGUGCAAGGCUGAUACGAGAAAUGUUUGGAUAUGCACGUGAUCAUCAACCUUGCAUCAUCUUUAUGGAUGAGAUUGAUGCCAUUGGUGGGCGCCGUUUCAGUGAGGGAACAAGUGCUGACCGAGAAAUACAGAGAACAUUGAUGGAGUUACUUAAUCAGCUUGAUGGAUUUGAUUCGCUUGGGAAGGUUAAAAUGAUCAUGGCUACAAACCGACCUGAUGUUCUAGAUCCUGCCCUUCUGCGUCCUGGUCGGCUAGACCGAAAGAUUGAGAUUCCAUUGCCAAAUGAGCAAUCAAGAAUGGAGAUCCUCAAGAUUCAUGCUGCUGGCAUUGCCAAGCAUGGUGAAAUUGACUAUGAGGCUGUUGUUAAACUUGCUGAGGGCUUCAAUGGUGCUGAUCUGCGAAAUGUUUGCACGGAGGCUGGAAUGUCAGCAAUCCGUGCGGAACGUGAUUAUGUCAUCCAUGAAGAUUUCAUGAAGGCAGUAAGAAAAUUGAACGAAGCCAAGAAACUGGAAUCAAGUGCACAUUACAGUGCUGAUUUUGGGAAAGAGUAGAGCUUCUGUGCUUGUUGAAGCCAUCAUGGAGUACCGGGCAGUGCAUAUUUAUAUAUUCUAUGCCCACCUCAAGUUAAAUGUUGGCCUUGUGUAUCGAACAUAUUAUGAAUGUAGUGCACUGCCUUCAUGUGCGCUUGAUGUAGGCAUAAUUACAGUACCCGGGAGACGUGUGAUGGAGGCUUUUGCAUGUCGUAGGGAAUUGACUUAUUUUACCCGGGAAUUAUGGAAUAUUUAUUGA